AGCCUGCUCUGGCCCUUCCUCGCCGUGUCCACUGUCACCGUGUCCUCCUGCUGGGCGAAGGGAAGCAGGCCGAGGGCACCUCUCUGACCGGACCGGAAACCUCCAGCCCUGCUCCUUCCCCAGGAUGGGCCUGGGCUCCCGCUCCUGGCUCCUCCUGGGGCUGAACCUCGUGCUGCUCCUGCUGGCACUGCCCCUGGGCAGCCAGGCCAGCACCAGCUGCUACGGGAUUCCCGGAUUGCCCGGGUUGCCCGGGACCCCAGGGAAGGACGGGCACGAUGGACUGCAGGGGUCCAAGGGUGAGCCAGGAAUCCCAGCUAUCCCUGGGACACAAGGACCCAAGGGUCAGAAGGGAGAAGCUGGCACACCUGGCCAUCCUGGCAAAAAUGGCCCCAGGGGAGCUGCUGGGCUUCCUGGAUUCCCUGGCCCCAUAGGACCCCCCGGGCCACCGGGCCUGGAGGGCAGGUACAAGCAGAAGUACCAGUCAGUGUUCUCCGUCACACGGCAGACAGUGCAUUUCCCGGAACCCAAUGCCCUGGUCAAGUUCAACUCGGUCAUCACCAACCCCCAGGGGGACUAUGACACGGGCACGGGCAAGUUCACCUGCAAAGUGCCCGGCCUCUACUACUUUGUCUACUACGUGUCACUGAAGGCCAACCUGUGCGUGCAGCUGUACCACAAGGGCAUCAAGAUAACCACCUUCUGUGACCACCUGACCAAUAGCAAGCAGGUCAGCUCGGGCGGUGUGCUGCUGCAGCUGCAGACGGGCGAGGAGGUGUGGCUGACGGUCAACGACUACAACGGCAUGGUGGGCACCGUUGGCUCCGACAGCGUCUUCUCCGGCUUCCUGCUCUUCCCCAACUAGGACGGGCAGCUCUGCCCCAGCCCCGCUCGCCCACCUCCCUCAGAGUCCCUGCCCCAUCGCUGCCGUGGCCGGUCUCUGCGUCCUUACUCCAGUCUUUCUCUCUGCUGGGUGGACUCCUCCUCCAGGAAGCCCACCCUGACCCUCUGCCCCACAAAUGCUCUCCCUCCACUGCUCUCCGUCAGAGCUACUGCUUUGACACUUAGCCAGCAAU